CGGGUCGCGCGGUUAGUCGGAGCCGCGUCUGGCUGUACCGCUAUCUGGGCAAAUAAAUAAAAGAUGCAGCGGAGAACGGAUACAUAGCGGGUCCUACAGCCGCAACCGAAGUUCAGUGCGCCGACAGACAGCUUCCGCGAUGGUCAACUACAGACGAGUGGUGUGCGAGGUGGCGCUGCUGGCCAGCGUGCUGGUGCUGGCGAGCUCGGCGCCCGCGCCGGACUGCGGCAGCAACCACUACGACCAGCGGCAGAACGGCUCCGAGAACUACAGGCUCAGCAUCGAUGGCGUGGUGAUCGCGGUGGCGCCCGCCGAGUCCUUACUGUCCGCCCUGGGGGACAUGGACGAUUUCCUGGAUCUGGCCCUGGACGAUUUCAAUGAAUCCAAGCCCAAGCCUCCUCAAGAGUCGUCGCCGUCCGUACCCGCGAUCCAGGUGGUGUCACUGCCGGUGCCCGAUGAGAAGCCGCAGCAGGUGAAGCCAGCGGAGAAACCCGAGGACGCGAAGCCUGAGGAGCCCGCCAAGCCGGCAGAGAAGGCUUCCCCACUGAGUGACGUCAGCCUGGGCAACGAGACGAAGAGCCAAAAGAAGGACGCUUCCCUGAGGAAACAAGAGAAAGCACAAAGAUAAUCGCGAAAAUAGCUUAAAUAGCCUAUCAGACUGAAACAUCGCCUGGCAAAUUUCCUGAUGCCACUGCUGAGAAAAACCCGCCAACAUUAGGGAGAUAUAAAAUGUGAUCAAUUAUCGAUAGUUUUGUGACAAAUGCCCCUUUCCUAUACAAGGAUUGAAUAGUUCUCGAUACCUACGAUCUCUUAAACUAAAGCAAAGGUUUUAGAAUAUCUCGUAAACAUAAGUAGCUUGUUGGCUAAACAAGCUUACCCAUUAUGGGUAAGAAAUCAUUAAGUAUUGUAAGAGUAUAGGAAUCGGGCGUUCAAAGUUUCAAUUAAUCUUCAAAUUAUAUUAGUUAAUUUAUUAUAUUGUACUGACUGUACUGUUCUAAGACAUAGCCAUGGAAAGAUGCAUUUAUUUUAGAUUGUAAGCUUAAUAUAUAGGUACGUAAGUGUGUACAUUGUUUCGUUGAAAAUAAAUGAAAUAAUUCUUAUUGAAAAAUCCUAA